AUGGCAACAAGCCAUAAAAACUAUGGACCCACUCCAGAACAGUACAGAAAUAUUUGUAGACUUACUCAUCAAUAUGAAUGUGGAUUAGUUUGUGAUACCUUAUUACAACGACUGGGUGAUGAUGGAAAAUAUUGGAGACAUAUUUAUAAGUCAUUGUUACUAAUUUAUUAUAUAAUAAUAAAUGGAACACCAGAAGCUGUUGAGAGAUUCAAAAGAAGGCAAAUUGAAAUUAAAACACUUCAUUCAUUCCAAAAAAUAAAAGAUUCAACUGGACAAGAUGUUGGAAUUAAUGUUAGAGAACGCUCAAAAGCUAUUACUGAUUUACUUAGUGAUGAUGAGGCACUUGAAACUAAAAGGAAUAUGUCAGAAAAAGAAAAACAAAACAUAUUUGGAGAGGCCUAUUCAUCUGAUUACAAAACGUCUAUGACUGAGACUCAUGAAACUAGAAAGAAAGUUGAACUAAAAUCAAUUGUUCUAAAAGAGAAUUUAUCUGGUGAAUCUGAAAGUUCUUCAGAAUCAUUAGACAAACCAGAAGUAUCUCCUCGUUAUCAACAAACACAUGAAAACGUAUUUGAUAUGUUAGAACAACCGCUCAAUGGCAAUACAACUACUGUCCCUGAAAAAAAGAGUAAUCCCAUUUCUCAACAAACAAAAACUGAACCAAUUUUAACUUCACAAACUAAUACUAGUCAAAAUUUAAAUAUAUUUGAUUUAUUAGGAGGUUGUAGUAGUACUAUUACCAUUCAACAACCUCAAAAUACUCAAUCUUAUCAACAACAACCUCAAAACAUUCAACCUUAUCAACAACCUGUUGAUCCUUUUGCUUCGUUUGAUAAUUCUAAUAUUGCUACACCAAUUGUCUUACCGACUCAACAACAACAAUCUAAAAGUAAUAAUGAAUUUAUUUUUAAUGACUCAUCAUUAAAUGAAAAGAAGAGUUGGAAGACAGGUAUUGAUAUUAACUCUCUUACAUUGGACUCUCUUCAAGUCAAGUCCAAAGAACAAAAACAAACCCAACCUCAAGUCAAAAAAACAUUAGGACAGCUCUAA